AUGAAAACAACACAUAAUAGGCAGAAGAGUUAUCAUCAUGUGAGAAGAAAAGAUUUGGAAUUUAAGGAAGGUGAUCAUGUGUUCCUUAGAGUUAAUCUUGUGACGGGCGUUAGACGUGCACUGAAAUCGAAGAAGCUGAUUCUUAAAUUUAUUGGUCCAUAUCAUAUUUCUAAGAGAAUUGGGGUUGUUGCUUAUAGAGUGACCUUACCACCCGAUCUUUCGAAUUUACAUGAUGUGUUCCAUGUAUCACAACUUCAGAAGUAUAUUUGCAAUCCAACUCAUAUGAUUAGGAUGAAGGAUGUGCAAGUGAGGAACAACCUUACGGUGAAAGCAUUGCCUGUGAGAACUGAGGAUCGAAAAUUGAAGAAGCUGAGAGGAAAAAAGAUUUCUCUAGUGAAAGUUGUUUAG